AAUCUGACAUUAUCGCGAUAGACAGCCUGUUCGUAUGCAGCUCAGCGGCAGGGGCCUGACGCUGGAAUGCGAAACUACAAGUUAUUUAGUCAAAACAAGACAUUGACAAACCUCAGCGCACCAUUUUGGAAAUAUUACAACUCUCUUCGGGACUCAGCGAUGGUCCGAGACAUGAGGGAAACUCUUAACACACGGGGAUGAGACGAAACUGGUUAUUUCAGCAUUUGCAGCUUUGGGCUCGUUGACUCUCUGUGUUGGGUCAGGAUGGCGCAGGGAGGCUCUCAGCUUGACUACCACAUCCUGCAGGACCUCAAGCAGCGUUUCCCAGAGAUCCCAGAAGGGGUAGUGUCACAGUGCCUUCUGCAGAACAACAAUAACCUGGAUCUUUGCUGCCACCUGCUGGCUCAGGAGAGUAACAGAUACCUGUAUGGAGAGUUCCAUCACAGUCCAGAGGAGGGGCGGCUGAGUCGAAACCACAUGCUGCACAUUAGCCUGGGAUACCCGGGCUCAGAGGCAAGCAAAGCAAAUGGAGGAGCAGCAGGAGUAGGACGAUCCCUUGUGCACAGCACCAGUGACAGUCACAUCGAACCUCAGCGGCCCAGCUAUCCUGAGCCACUGUCCGCCCCCGCCACCAUGGCUCCCUCCCCAGGUUACAAUCCCUUCUUCAUGAACGAUCAGAGCCGCUCGGCUAGCACUCCCACUCCCCCACCCACAAUGCAGGGCAUGUCUCCCACAUACUCCCCUGUCCCACGUUACACUAUGAACCCUAUAACUGUCACGCUUUCACAAAGUAUACCCAGUGUCCCACAAGCUCUGCAGAUUCCCCCUGGGCACUACGCUAACAGCUCCAAUACCACACUGUAUAUCCGACCCUCGCCCUCCCAGAGCCCGCAGCCAGCAUCCUGGUCCUCCUCAGGGGCGCCUGUUUAUCAGCAUCAGCAGUCCCCCUAUAGUACACCCACUUACGGCUCACCUUACAGCUCCCCGCAGCAUCAGGUCCAGCCCCAACCACAGCCCCAACCGCAACCCCAGCACCAGCAAUAUGUCUUCCUCCCUAUUAGCUCGCCAACUGUUCCCAGCAUGCCCUACCACCACCAGCAACAACCCCAGCAACAGCCUGCUGUUUACAGGCCCUACCACACAAAAAGCUCCCUCAAAAACCAGAUAGAGAUUACCCUUGAGGGUCCACGACCUCGCAGCAACUCACCUGUGCACAACCCACAUCCCCAGGGAUCGCUUUACAUGGCUACCAGCCCCUCGCCAAGCUCCCCUUCGAGGGGUAUCACUAUGAGUGGACCUCCAGGCCCGGCGUCUUUCCACCCUGGGAUGUACCUGCAGCAUCAGGGCCCUGCAAGGCCUCGGCCUGCCUCCUCUCCUCAGCCGGGCCAGUCCGCCUACACCUUCAAAAUUAAAGUGUCCCCAGGAGGUCAGGCCCAGAGGCCACUCAGCUCACCUCCUGUGGCCGAAGCGGAGUCUCUUCUCAACAUAGUAGAUCAAGGAGAGCACAACGCUGCCCCUGCACCCAUCCUGCCCAUCUCUGCUCUGCCGGGGAACAUUGUCAGUCAGUUUCAGCAUAUGCCCCGACGUUCAAGCUCAGGCUCUGAUGACUAUGCCUACACACAAGCUCUCCUGCUCCACCAGCGGGCCAGGAUGGAGCGUCUAAUGAAGGAGCUUCUGAUGGAGAAGCAGAAACUAGAGCACCUCAAGGCUGAUGUCAACAACAUGGAAUAUGAUGCCCUUCAAAGACGCUUUCGACGAGUCAACUCCACCAGUCUGAUACCCCGACCUGAAGAGAUGACCCGAUUGCGGAGUCUGAACAGACAGCUUCAGAUUGAUAUCGACUGUACCCUGAAGGAGACAGAUCUACUGCAGUCGAGAGGGAAGUUUGAUCCAAAAGCAAUGAACAACUUUUAUGACAAUAUUCAGCCCGGUCCGGUUGUGCCGCCCAAACCUGGGAAGAAAGAAGGGGAGCAAGGUCCCAAGCCAGUGCCGGGGCCCCAGAGGGACGAGGACUUUGAAGGCGCCCAGUGGAACUGUGAAAGCUGCACCUUCCUCAACCACCCUGCACUCAACCGCUGUGAACAGUGCGAGAUGCCGCGCUACACCUGAGCUUGGCGCUGCGCAGCGUUGCCCCACCCCUGCCUCUUCUCCUGCCAGUCCUUGGAUAGUAUAAGCCCCACCCUUCCAAAAUCUGCAGAAUCUGACUAGAGGUCUUCCCCUGUCAAUCAAUAUAUAAGCCCCUCUUACCUGCUGAGGAAGAGCCACUAUCCCUCUCUGCUCCCGUCUACUACUCCUGUGCACUUUGACCCAUUUUUUUCCAUUGGAGGAUGAUGAUUCUUAUUCAGGACAGUUGGAGACUCUUAAUCAUGGCAAAUGUAUAAAAGACGGAGUGAUACUGCGACUCUGGCAGUGGGUGGGUAGGGGCUUCAGAAAGGUCAAAGCGAUCAAGGAUUGAGGAGGAGCUACAGUUUACCUAGAGAACAUUCCACGCAGAAAGAGAGACUGCCCUGUUUACACAACUGCGCCCAUUCCUGAACUCAAAAUGGAGGCACUUCCACUCUAAUCUAGGACCUGUAACUCCCUCUCUGACAGUGGAGCAAUGAAAGCAAUGGUAUAUACAUUCUGACUAAUGCGAAAUGUAGACUGUACACUGUAUCUGGCUCUGUAUUAGAGCUCACUUCACUGAAAGAAGAACACUAAGAGACAUUUGCAUAUGAGUAUAUUCCUGGUACUUCUAUGCAUAUUAUGCCACCCUGUAUUAUGUGUUCAGAAGAUGUUGAUUUCCUGUGCAAACGCCUCAACUUGCUGUACUUAAUAAAGGAGCUGAUUCUAUGUGACUUGACCACGCACAGCUGGCAUGUCUGCAUAGUUUUUAAUGUC